CUCCGGCCGUCAGUCGGUGGUCGUGAAUGGUCGCACGUACGCUCGCGGGGUUGACGGGCGCGUCUACCUACAUCCGCGAGAAAGGCGAUGGAGGCUUCGUGCGCCUCGCCGACGAUCGAGUGAGAGACACGCCGUUCGUUUUGAUCGCCAUCGCCGUGCGCGUUCACGAAGCGUGCGUUUCGUGAUAAGGCUGCAUGGACGGACGCACGGACAGAGCAGCGCGAAAAGAAGGGUGCCCACGAGCAACGGGGGCGACAAAAUGUCGUACCACUAUUUAUCGUGAACGAGUCAAGUGAACGUGGGAGAGGGAAAAAGAGAAAACGAGCGGACGAGCGAACGGAAAGAAAGAGAGGGAGAGGGAGGAAAAAGGGGGUUGAGCACCGUGGCGAUAUCUCUCUCUCUCUCUUUCUCUCUCUUCUCGUGUUGUUUGGUACGCGCAGUCAUUUUUGGUGUUGUUGGUUGAUGGCUUGAUGCCUGUUUCUUUCUUUUUUUCGUUUGCUAUAUAAUUGCUGUUGCUGCCGCCGUUGAAGCCGCCGUCCGCUGCUGCAGCGGUCGCUAGCGAUCGAAUCGAAAAAAAAAAAAGAUUUACACUCGAGCGUAGCCCUUUCGUUGUCUCUCAUCGUUGUCGUCGUCGUCUUCGUUGUCCCUAUAAUACUGUCUCCCUCGCGAUAUGUAUAUACCUCCCUCUUGAAUGAGAAAACAAAAAAAGAUUUUUUCGUCCCCCCAUCGAGAAAAAACGAUGCGAAAAACAAGAAUCAUGAUAUUCCCGGGGGCCACCAGCCAGCCUGUAAUUUCUAUCUUUUUUUUAUCACGAGUAGAUGACAGUUUCUCAGUAGGUCACUACUUUUCUUCUAAUAUCUCUCUUACGAUAUCUCGUGUUCGUCGUGAACGUUUCUUGGUCCCGCGAAUAUCCGCGGAUUUUUCACGUUGAAUAUAUAUUUUCCUCUCGUAACUUUUUUUGUGCACGCAUGUACCGUGUCAUGCAUGCAUGUGUCGCUUAGCCGCUAGGCAUGAUCAACGCUUAUCACUCACUCAUUCGUCAUACGUUUUUUAACCGCUGCAUAGUUGAAUUGGAGAACGGUCCUUAGAAUCUGUCAUUCAAUUUUCUUUCAACAUGAGUAAUUUGACUCCCGUUUCAUCAACGUCAGUUAAUUAUAAUUAAAAUGUUAUAUUAUUUAUUAUUUUUAUUACUCAUUUAAGAAUCAAAGUUGGGAACUUGAACAGUGUCAAUUGAUUAUUAUUCAUCUUCUCUGCAAUUAGACUAAUAUUAAAAUUAAUUGAUGAAACGGACUCCUUACCAUUCUUAAACCUUGUGUGGCCAAUCAAUUUGCACUUUUACGGAAAAGCUGCAAGUUGAUUAGCUACAUAUUUCUCAGACCGAGAUCUCGAACCGAUUUCUAGCAUCGUGGACAUAAGGCUUUAGUAAUCAAAUAUAAUAUAUUAAUUACUAUCUUACUUAUACGUAAUAAUAUAAUUUAACUGACUUUUCUGUCUAGAAAAGUAAUUCUUUUCAAAAAUAAAAAGAUGAAAAAUUAAAUUAUUUUGGAAUUUAAUAAAUAUUGCUGAAAUCAGCUACGAAGUAUCAAAGUAAUCAUAAUGAAAAUUUACAUGUAACUGCGAUAUGUUUUAUUGCCAUUUUUCUCACUAUCUUACAAUCAUCUCACAAUAAACGCUUGUAAUUUAUAAUCAAGCACUUUUAUUUAAUGUAUAAAUAUGCAUAUAGAAUAUGCAAUAGAAAUAGCUUUUCGCUCAUUUUUUAAGCACUUUAAACUGUUAAUAGUGACAUGAAGAUUGUUAUGCUUGAAGCAAGUUCGGAGUCUGUGAACGUGCUUUCGACACACGUAAUCGAAAUUAAAUUACGAGUAAAUAUCAAUAUGUUUAAUACACAACUCAGUUGUACGUACAUUUAUGACGGUCAUGGAAAUUGCCAUGUAUGAUAUUACUAAACUUUUAAAAAUUAAUGCAAAAUCAUCUUGAGAUCGCUUCUUAAAAUAAUAGAAAUGUAACAAGAAAAUAUUACACAUAAUUGUUUAUAUAUAUGUAUAAACAGUAAUACAAUAUUCUUUUUAAAUCACUUUACAUAUAUAAAGUUAGGAACAUUUUACAUAUGCAUAUUAUAUGAUUAAGUUUGUAUAAAUGUGAAAGAAUUAUAAAUGUUAUGCAAGAUAGAAAGAAGUUUUCAGGUUUAUUUGAAAAAUUCUUUCCAGUAUGCAUAUCGUGACUGUACAAAACCUUUUUAUGUUAAUAGAACUAUAUGAAUAGCAAUUAGAUAUAAAGCUCAACUGUUCUUGUCUUGCCAUUAGGAAUUAGCGAAAACUGAAAGCAGAGCAAGACAUUCUGACGUAUAUACUUUACAUAGAAAUUUUCGGAAAAAUCACUAUUUCAAAUUCUGAGUAUUAUUUUGUUAUUUGUUAUUAAAUCAUAAUGUUAUAUAACAUAUAUAUAUACAUAUCUUAACUUUUCUAAAUGCACACUUUCUGAUACAACACGAAUGAAUUGCUCGCUACGUAUAUUGUUAUAUUCGUACUUGCUUUUCGAAUAUCCAGCGAACGCAUAACCGAAAAGUUUUAUAGAGACGCUAUAUAUAACAUGAUUCUAAUUGAUUGCAAUAUGUGUAACGUGCAGUGUUUGAGUUUUGAGAUUCAAUUUCGUAUUUCAAUUUAAAAGGUAAAAAUGAUCUUUUUCUUUUUUCAUAUCCUUUCUUCAAAUUUUAUUUUCUCUGUUUUUAUUUUAUUUAAUAUGGAAAAUGUGUUUAUUUCAUUUUGAAUUAGAAAACAAUAAUAUCUAAGAGUUAGAUUUAACAUAUUGCUUUAUUCAUGCUUUGAAAACUGUUUAAGAAGAAAAAAAGAUUGCUAUUUCGGAGAAAGCAUGGAAUAAACGUGAUGGCAAGUUAUGCUUGGAAUACGCGAAUCAAACCAAGUAAAUAAUGCGUUACGCGUUCGCUGAUUAGUGGUGACUCAACCCAACGUAAAACGAACCGCUUUCAACGUGCUUGCCACGUAGUGAUUUAGAGACGUAGACUGUAACGACGGGCGCCACAGCGGCCGGAGCUCCGUCACGUUUCUUGCCGUUCCAGAGGGGGCAAGAGAAAAAGAGAAAGAACGUGGGAGAGGAAAAGAGAAUUCUUGCGAGAUAAAAUAAGGAAUCGAGAGACACAUGACAUGGAUUGUCAGCAUCAUGCGACAUAACUCGUAACGAGAACGGGGCAGCCGGCCACGAAGCUGCUUCUGAGACGGACAGGCGGGAAGAAACCCGACAAUCUGCUGAGCGAUGUACGCCGCGGCGGGUGGUGCCAGCAUCGCCAACCGGAGGAAGCAGAAGCGGCUGCAGCUCAGCAAGCAGACACCGGUCCACGUCGUCCCGCCAAGAUUGAAGGGCGUUCCACCCGGUUCGCGUCAUCAUCAGCAGCACUACCAGCACCACCAGCACCAGCACCAGCACCAACAUCACCAUCAGUACCAGUACCAUCACCACCACCAUCACCACCACCAUCCGACCAAGCUCGUGACUAAUCGUUCGCACCAAGUUGCGCCCACAUCGCAAGUACCACGAGCACAUCAGCAACAGCAAGCGCCGACGUCGACGUCGUCGUCGUCCGCCGCGUUCCACCCGAGCAUCGACGAUCGGCACCGUCACGCCGACCACCACAAGUCCCAGCAGGUCGCGCCGGUCUCGCCGAUCCAGUUUCCGAUCUCGCCACCCCCGCUCUCCCUCGAAUCCUCGGCAUCCGCCACCUGUCCGGCCAACAAGUCCAGCAAAUUCCCCUUUCCGCCGCCCUCGAUCCUCGAUCUCCGAGCCUCGCCUCCUACUUCGGAGCUACAGUGUGGCGGUCAGGGACCUGGUAAAGCGGCAUGGCAAGGCUGCAACAGACCCUCGCCCCUUCCUUUAUCUCCUACGUCGCCUGGAUACAAUCGGGAAGGCUACAGAACGAAGCAAUGCGAGGCACAUCGGCGAUGGAUGAAGAGGAACAGGAUAAGGGAUGCCAGUUACUGCUACGGGAGCAGCGGCGAGGACGACGAGGAAGAUGACAGCAGUAACGCUAUUCGCCAGAGGGGAGAGGUCAGCGCGGCAGUGAAUACUGUGCUGUACGUGGGUCUAGGGACCACGGCGCUCGGUUUAAUUAUCUCGUUUGUCGGCAUCGGGGAAAAGGGCUUCCUAAGCCCACAGCUAAGGCUAGUCGGUCCAUCGUUACUGUGCGCCGGACUACUGUGCUGCCUGUUCCGCGUGCUACUAUGCCUCUGCCUGUGCCGUUGCGGCCCGUGCCACUGGCGAUUCUGCCACGUCGCCUCGCACAAGAAAGAGAAGGCGAGGAAAGCGGAUGCACGAUCGAUGGGAACGUUACCGACCGCCUCGCUGCUGCCGCCCACGCAAAGGCAACAGCAACAGGAACGACCGAUCGCGCCUACGAGCCGCUCCGUGUCACCAGCGACGAAGGGACACGAGCUUCUGCUCUCGCCUGCCCAAUUACCGGAGUGAAGGACAACGUGUCGCAUCACGAACGUUUUCUACGAAUGAAUUCUACGCCGAUUUACUGCCGGUUCUUGUCCAAGUACCCGACUCUAGUUUCCGUUGCGGCCUGAACCACGAGUUCUCGCAGCCUAACGAGUAGUCUGAAUGCGUCUUUAGAGCUUAAACAAUAGAAGAAUAAAGGAAUCGGCUACGUUUUUC